AUGGCUAGUGUUGCUGAUUCUUUCAUGGCGGAUCUUGAUGAUCUGUCGGAUAGAGAAGACUAUCCUGAAGUUGAAAAUGCAGAGGCAGAAAACUUGGAAGAGGAUGCUGAUGAUAAUGUCCCUGACCCGAAAUCACUUGAUCUUGAUAGUGUCUCAAAACUUCAGAAGACGCAACGUUAUAAAGACAUAAUGCAGAAAGUUGAAGAUGCACUUGAAAGAGUAGAUAUUGACAAUGAGAUUACUAUAAUCCACAAUUUCAUACGUGACAAGUUCAAGCUAAAGCACCCUCUACUAGAAUCCCGUGUUCACCAUCCAAUUGAUUAUGCCCGUGUUGUCCGGAAGAUUGGAAAUGAGAUGGACUUAACACUUGUUGAUUUGAAAGGUAUUUUACCUUCUGCAGACAUAAUGUGGAUCACAAUGGCAGAAUCAACAACUAGUGGGGAGCCUCUUUCUGAAGAUAAUUUAGUAAAUACUAUUGAAGCGUGUGACAGAGCUCUUAACCUUGAUGCAAUAAAGAAGAUGCUACCUGAGUUUUUGAAGAGACGAAUGGGAUACAUUGCACCAAACCUUGCUGCCAUUGUUGGCAGUGCUGUUGCCUCGAAACUGAUGAGUCGUGCUGGUGGUUUGGGAGCACUGGCCAAAAUGCCCACUUGUAAUGUGCUGCUUCUCGGUGCAAAGAAGACAAAUCUGUCUGGAUUCUCUACUGCGUCAAUGCAGUCUCUUAUUGGUUAUCUUGAACAAACUGAAGUAUUUCAAAGCACACCUCCAUCUUUAAGACCUCAGGCUCCUCAGGCUAGUAGACUUAUAGCUGCAAAGGCAACACUAGCAGCAAGGAUUGAUUCCAUAAGAGGUGAUCCAACUGGAACAGCUGGGCAGAACUUGUUAGAAGAAAUUAGUAAGAAGAUUGAAAAGUGGCAACAACUACCACCUGCAAGGCUUCCAAAGCCACUUCCUAUUCCAGACUCUAUGCCUAAAAAGAAACGAGGGGGUCGUCGGCUCUGGAAAAUGAAGGAAAGAUAUGCACAGACCAACACGAUGAAGCUUGUGAAUCAGAUGAAGUUUGACGUGCCAGAGGAGAGCACAUUGGGUGAUGGCUUAGGGAAAGGUUACGGCUUGCUUGGGCAGGCUGGAAGCGGGAAGCUACGUGUGUCUGCUGGUCAAAGCAAACUUUCUACUAAAAUUGCUAAAAGACUCAAAGAGAAGAGUUCUGAAAGUAGUGGGUCAAGAUUGGGGUUGACAUCAAGUUUUGCAUUUACGCCAGUUCAGGGAAUAGAGCUGUCAGAUCCAUUCGCCCAAGGUGGUGACAUAACCGAAAGCACCUAUUUUUCAGACACCGGGACAUUUUCAAAGAUCAAGGUCUGA